AUUUCCAGGUCCGUCCAUCCAAUCAACAACAACAAGUGCAUCAAACGAAUCGAGUUGGAUCUUCCCAAUAAAGUGCUCGAAUUUUCCUCGUGAGGAUUGAAGAUUUCUCACUGACCAUGACCGACGCCAUCCCCAAAGAUCUCCGGCAAAUCCGGGCCUGCUUAUCGUGCUCACUCAUCAAGACCUUCGAGCAAUUCGAAAGCGAUGGUUGUGAUAAUUGCGACACGUUCUUGGGCUUGCGGCACAACCGUGAUAACAUCUACGACUGUACCAGCACCAACUUUGAGGGCAUGGUGGGCAUGUGCAAGCCCGAAGAUUCCUGGGUGGGCAAAUGGCAGCGCAUCAACCGAUUCAAGACGGGUGUGUAUGCCAUUUCCGUGUCAGGACGACUGCCCCAAGCCGUGGUUCGGGAUAUGCGGGCCAGUAAUAUCAACCACCGGAGUCGGGAUACCAGUAAACGAUAACGCUUCACUUUCUUUGUGUUUGAAUUCCAAUUCCGGCGCUUUUCGCUCAAUGCCUAAGUGGUGGCGGCCAAUGUAUUACGAAUAAAUCCAUUAGGUGCAAGUUA